UCCAAUGUCUAGUACGGGGGAGAGGAAAAGAAUUGGAGGAACGAGACUUCACUAAUACGUCAUUUUAUUUUCAUUCAAAAUUGAAUGGAAGAGGAGAGAGAAAGAACGAAGUAUUAGAAAAAAAAAACAGUACCUACUAUUACCCACCAAAAAGUUGCAAAAGUCUUCCUCGUACUCGGUACCAAUAUAUAAUAUACACAGUACACACUCUGCUCUACUCAAGCCAAGCUUCACAUUGCUUCUUUUCUUCAUCACCUCUCUCUCUUUCAAUCGCAUUGGUUAUUCAUCUUUUCUGUCUAAGAUGGUUUCGACGUUUGGUUGAUCGACUCGAAAGGGUUUUUUUGUGAAAUGGGAAAAAUUGCUUCAGCUGAGUCAAAUAUGUGUAUAAGGUGGAACUGGAAAUUAUACAGAUUAAGUGAUUGGGACAUUGGAAAUUUUGUGAGGAGAAAGAUGGUGUGGGAGGGAGGUGAAAAUGACAUGGUGGUAACUCAAGUUAGUGUUGGUGGGUUUGAUGAAUUUGUCACUGCAAAAAUGAUUUUGGAUUACUUUGAAGAUAAAAUUGGACUUGUUUGGAGGUGUAGAUUGAAGACUUCUUCAACUCCUCCAGAUUCAUACCCAAAUUUUGAGAUCAAUGUCGCAAAUGUUCAAAGAACAAAUGAAUAUGAAAAGGUGGAACCUCACGCCUUUGUGCAUUUUGCAACUCCUGAUUAUGCAAAGUCAGCUCUAGAUGCUGCAGGGCGUUGUGAGCUUAUAUUGUUCAAGAAUCCUCUUAAAGUUAGUUUGGGGCCUCAAAAUCCACGUCGCAUGAGUAAGUGGAGGAUAGAUAAUGUUCCUUUUAGAUUUUCUGAUGUCAAGGUUGAGAUCGGACUCUUGGUUAGCCGAGAUGAGUUCUUUGUUGGCUGGAGAGGGCCUGCUAAUGGGGUUGAUUUUCUUGUGGAUCCCUUUGAUGGGACAUGCAAAUUCCUGUUCACCAAGGAUACUGCUUUCUCCCUCAAAGGCACAAACAAGCAUGUGGUAAUGAAGUGUGAUUUCAAGGUUGAGUUCUUGGUAAGAGACGUCAAUGAGAUCAAACAAAUUGAUGAUAUGUCAUCAAAAAUAAUUUUAUUGCAGCUGGCUUCAUCUCCGCUUCUUUACUAUAGAACUGCAGAUGAUGAUAUAGAGAAUUCAGUUCCAUUUGAUUUGUUAGAUGAUGAUGAUCCGUGGAUCCGAACCACAGAUUUUACACCUAGCGGGGUCAUUGGUAGGUGUAAUACUUAUAGAAUGUCAAUUUCACCUCGCCACCAUUUGAAGCUGAAGAAGGCCCUGAAAUAUCUCGAGGAACGGAGGGUACAAACUGAAAUGUCUAGGCAGCAGCUUAAGAUACGGGAUGAACCUGAUUUUGGGAUGCCCAAGGCUGAUCCUUUCUUUUGUAUUCAAUACAAGGAUGGUGUGUCAUUUAAAAUCAUGUUUUUGGUUAAUGCUGUUGUGCACAAAGGUAUCAUUAACCAACACCAGUUGUCGGACAGGUUUUUUAAUCUGCUGAGAAACCAGCCGGAGGAGGUAAAUGUAGCUGCAUUAAAGCACAUAUGUGCUUGCAAGCACCCCCUGUUUGAUGCCUAUAUGAGGCUGAAACUUGUCCAGGAAUGGUUGCUGAAAAAUCCUAAGCUUCUCCAGAGACCUAAAGAGUUGGCUGGUAUUGUUGAAGUUAGGAGGCUGGUUAUUACGCCAACCAAAGCCUACUGUCUUCCACCAGAAGUUGAACUUUCCAAUAGGGUUAUCAGGAAUUAUAGAGAAGUUUCUGAUCGGUUUUUAAGGGUUACCUUCAUGGAUGAAGGCAUGCAGACACUUAAUAAGAAUGUUCUUUCCUAUUAUACUGCUCCUAUUGUUUGGGAAAUUACAGCAAACUCUUCUCCGCAGAAAACCACAAUGUUCAAAAGGGUAAAGAGUAUUGUGAGCGAGGGGUUCCGCUUAUGUCGUCGGCGAUACUCCUUUUUGGCCUUCUCAGCUAAUCAAUUGAGGGACCGUUCUGCCUGGUUUUUUGCUGAAGACCAGAGAAUUAGUGUGGAUGACAUAAUAAAUUGGAUGGGAAAGUUUACAAACAGGAAUGUUGCGAAGUGUGCUGCUAGGAUGGGACAGUGUUUCUCAUCCACUUAUGCCACAGUUGAAGUUCCAUUAAGUGACGUUGACUCAGAGCUUCCUGACAUAAAGAGAAAUGGGCAUGUUUUCUCUGAUGGGAUUGGUAUGAUAACAUCUGAUCUUGCAAUGGAAGUUGCAGAGAGAUUGCAGCUGACAGUGAACCCUCCGUGUGCUUAUCAGAUUAGAUAUGCUGGUUACAAAGGGGUUGUUGCCUGUUGGCCAUCAAAAAAUGAUGGUUUCCGGCUUGCCUUGGGGCCAAGUAUGGACAAGUUUGAAUCCAAUCACAAAAUUCUUGAAAUCUGUUCUUGGACUCGGUUCCAGCCUGGAUUCUUAAACCGGGAGAUAGUGACGUUACUUUCUACUUUGAAUGUUCAAGAUGAAAUAUUUUGGAGAAUGCAGGAGUGUAUGAUUUCUAAACUAAAUCAGAUGCUUGUAGACACGGAUGUGGCUUUUGAGGUUCUUACUGCUUCAUGUGCCGAGCAAGGAAAUACUGCAGCAAUAAUGUUAAGUGCAGGUUUCAAACCUCCAAAUGAACCUCAUCUGCGGGGCAUGUUAACUAGUAUAAGAGCUGCCCAGCUUGGGGACCUCAGGGAAAAGUGUAGGAUCUUUGUUCCUUCAGGAAGGUGGUUGAUGGGCUGUUUAGAUGAGUUAGGGAUACUUCAACAAGGCCAGUGUUUUAUUCAAGUGUCAAAUCCUUCGUUGCAAAAUUGUUUUGCAAAGCAUGGCUCUAGGUUUUCUGAGACAGACAAAAAUCUACAAGUGAUUAAAGGUACUGUAAUAAUUGCAAAGAACCCAUGUCUUCACCCUGGUGAUUUGCGGAUCCUGGAGGCAGUCAAUGUUCCUGAGUUGAACCAUCUUUUUGAUUGUCUGGUUUUCCCUCAAAAGGGGGAUAGACCACAUGCAAAUGAAGCAUCAGGAAGUGACCUUGAUGGUGAUCUCUACUUUGUGACAUGGGAUGAAAAUCUUAUUCCUCCAAGUAAGAAGAGUUGGACACCAAUGGAAUAUGCGCCUGCAGAAGUUAAAGAAUUGCCACGUCCAGUGAAGCACAUGGACAUAACAGAUUUUUUCUCUAGGAACAUAGUAAAUGAGAACCUGGGUGCAAUCUGCCAUGCCCAUGUGGUUCAUGCUGACCUCAGUGAAUAUGGAGCAUUGGAUGAAAAGUGUAUAAAAUUGGCAGAGCUUGCUGCCACAGCCGUUGAUUUUCCAAAAACUGGAAAGCUCGUGACCAUGCCUUUUGAACUUAAACCAAAAUUGUACCCUGACUUUAUGGGGAAAGAGGAGUUUCAGUCGUACAAGUCAAAGAAAAUUUUGGGUAAACUCUAUCGCCAAAUCAAAGAUGCGUGUGACAAAGAUGAGGUUGCAUCUUCCGAGCUGACAUUGUUUCCUGAAGAUAUUCCUUAUGACACAGACCUUGAGGUUCCAGGAUCCACUGAUUUCAUCGAUGAUGCAUGGACCCACAAGUGCUCUUAUGAUGGGCAGUUAAAUGGUCUUUUGGGACAGUAUAAAGUGAACAGGGAGGAAGAGGUUGUGACUGGGCACAUUUGGUCCAUGCCGAAGUACAGUAGCAAGAAGCAAGGGGAACUGAAAGAGAGACUGAAGCAUGCUUAUAGUGCCCUGCAGAAAGAGUUCAGGAAUAUUUUUGAGCAGAUGGAUCCAGAUAUUGAUCAGCCUUCUGACAAAGAGAAGAAUGCCAUUUAUGAAAGAAAGGCAUCUGCAUGGUAUCAGGUCACUUAUCAUCCUAGUUGGCUGAAGAAGUCACUGGAGUUGCAAGAGCUAGAUGGCGCUGGGGAGACAGUGAGGUUGAGUUUUGCUUGGAUCACAGCCGAUUACCUUGCUCGUAUCAAAAUUAGGCGCAGGGAAAUCGGCAGCAUUGACUGCAUUAAGCCAAUCGAUUCCCUUGUGAGGUACCUUGCUGAUCGGAUAUGAUCUAUAAUUGCAGUACUUUCUUUUCUAGUUGUCUUUAACUUUUGGCUGCAAGACUCUGGUUAUUUCGAACUUCUAGGCUGCAAGGCCACUCUGCCAUUGUUGAAAGGUCACCUUUCAUCUUUUGUUAUGCAAACUACUUGCUACUGUUGCCCGUUGAUGCUGUAAGUUACAUUUUCUGCUAGUUUUGGUAGAUUUUUGAAACUGUUGCUCUUUUUUUGCAGAUCAGUCUUUCUUGUUAAAUGAACUGAGGUUGUAACCAGUUUUUAUCUUUUACUAGCUUGUUUUCUUUAUCA